ACUGAAGUUUGGCUACGUGAAUCGACCGGCAGCGAUCAUUUAUAUUUGUUUACGAUGAGCUCUUGGAUACAGUAUAUCAAAUCUAUUCCACUUCAUAUAGACUAUGAUGGCCAAGCUCGAGCAGAGAAGCUGUCGAGAGUAAUCAUAACACUCUUUGGGGUUGUUGGAUUAGUAUGGGGAUACAUUAUUCAGGAAUUUUCACAAACAAUUUACAUACUGGGUGCUGGAUUUGUAUUGGCAGCUCUGAUAACUGUGCCACCAUGGCCUAUGUAUCGCCAUAAACCUUUGAAUUGGCAGAAACCACAACAUGAAGUCACGGUUAAACAGAAGAAAAAGAAAUAGGACACCCCUGCUUGUGACUGUACUUAAGAAUGUUUUGUCACCAACUGUUAUAUAAUAAUACUUACUGGUACAAGGCAAAGGCAAUUGUUUCAUAUAUCAUU